AUGUCUGAACAAAACAACAACGGCGGUCUCCUCGGCGGCUUAGGCGAUACCCUUGGCAAAACAGUUGGAGGCGUCACCAACACAGCAGGAAGCGCGGUCGGCGGUCUCGGUAGUACUCUCGGUGGCGUCACACAGGGCCUUGGACAAACUGUGUCGGGGGCAACGGAGGGUCUAGGCAACACGACCAAGAACACCGGACAGGGUAUUUCGAAUGGAUUUCAGAGUAUUGGUGGGAAGCAGCAGACUGCGGAGAACCCACUCGGCUUGGACCGUUAG